AUGGCCUUUAGAGAGCCCGGCCAGUGGGACAGAGAAGUGAUGCUCCAGGAGUGUUUUCUGUGUGCUUCUGCGGAGAUAAAGGAUCCUUGCAACCGUAUGGGAAUCACGAAUCUAAAAAGCAUCCUUAAUGUUGCCAAUAUUUAUAAUCUAUUCUGGUUACUUUCAGGUGCGGCUAAAUCAAGUCCAGCGUCUAAGCCAGGAUCCACACCUUCUCGUCCCUCGUCAGCCAAAAGGGCUUCGUCCAGCAGCUCAGCAUCCAAAUCUGAUAAAGAUUUAGAAACACAGGUCAUACAGCUUAAUGAACAGGUACAUUCAUUAAAACUUGCCCUCGAAGGUGUGGAAAAGGAGAGAGAUUUCUACUUUGGCAAAUUGAGAGAGAUUGAGCUACUCUGCCAAGAACACGGGCAGGAAAAUGAUGACCUCGUGCAGCGACUAAUGGAAGUCCUCUAUGCUUCGGAAGAACACGUAAGUGAGAGCCCUUGACUCCUGCGUUCUGAAGCGAUGCUCUUGGCCAGGGUGCAGUGAUCAGUGUGCCUUCAACUGCUGAGAAUUAGGACUCAGCCAGUGCAUUUGUUAUUCCCAGAGGAGUAAGUAUCAUUAUCAUCCAAUUCGCUGACCCAUGCUUGUGGGCUGGGCGUUCGUGAAGUAAUCUGGGAAGAGAUGAGUGGAUGGGGGUGGGGGGAAAGUAGGAAGACUGAUUGAGAAAAACAGGUUGAUGCAGCCAGAUAUCAAGUGGUUUUCAGCUCUGAGCAGCUGAGCAACAAGAACGUGUAUAAGGAUUCUUCAUGACAGAUCAGAGUAUGGUUAGAGGAAGAAUUCGCCUAGGUGUUUUUCCCAUCCCCAUAAGCCUCCCUCAACUGCCUGUUUUUAUUUCAUCGCUGGUUGUCUUGGUUACUCCUUGCCAGUGCAGACCAGCACUAUGCAACAAAAUAUUUUUAGAAGGGCUCCUCUGGGGCUAUCUGGCUGGC